CGUGUGCACGGCGCGAACUGACCACGAGAUAAGUAAAUCAGCAACAAGGCGCAUGCCUAUAUACCCUAGUUUGGAGUAUUUUAGCUGGCCACUCUGGAUCCUAGUGUACUGUCAUGCACCGUGCAAGAUGUGCUGCAGUGUGGUUCUUGUGGCUUGUCGGGUCUCUAGCGCGUGGACUUCAUUCGGGUGUGAGGUCUUCAAACUCAAGCCUAUCGUGCGCGGACACAAUAAGCACCUUCGGUCAUGCGGGUGCAAGUCAUUCCAGGACAGCUGCAGAAUCCCUAGUUGGAAAUGGUGCAGUUAUCCCGGGUUCUGGAUCUCCGAAAUGCACAACGUCUCCGAGAAAGACGGCGAGAAAAUUUCCUGAGGCAGGAACACUCAGGAUAACCCCCGGGCCACGCAAUUCAACGCAUUCUCCGCGGGUCCGCGGUGCUGGCCGCUGGGCUGAGCCAGUAGCAAGAGCAAGAAAUAUCGUGAAAGGCUUGACAUUGGAGGAGAAAGUAAACCUGACGAUGGGCGUUGGUUGGAAGCGUGGGCAUUGUGUAGGGAAUACACCGAUGAUACCGAGCUUUGGAUUCCCUGGUCUUUGUCUUAAUGAUAGCCCUCUCGGUGUGCGAUUCGCAGACCAUGUCACAGCGUUCCCAGCGGGGAUUAAUGUAGCAGCCACCUGGAAUCGCGAUUUUGUCUUUCACCGAGGCCGAGCAAUGGGUGAGGAAUUUCGAGGGAAGGGUGUGCAUGUUCAACUUGGUCCAAUGAUGAAUCUUGGUCGGAACGCCGCUGGGGGCCGCAACUGGGAAGGCUUUGGCGUGGACCCUUAUCUUGCAGGCGAGGCUGCACAGUACACCAUUCUUGGUAUCCAAUCUACUGGCGUCCAAGCCUGUGCUAAGCACUACAUUGGGAACGAACAGGAGCAUAACCGGACCAUGGAGAGCUCGAACAUCGAUGAUCGCACAAUACAUGAAGUUUAUGCACAUCCCUUCUUGAGAAGUGUGAUGGCGGAUGUGGCGAGUGUGAUGUGCAGCUAUAACUUGGUGAAUGGAACGUAUGCGUGUGAGAACGACAAGACGAUGAAUGAUAUCCUCAAGCACCAAAUAGGAUUUCAAGGGUUCAUCGUGAGUGACUGGGGGGCAGCGAGGUCAAUUCUUGCCGCUGAGGCAGGUCUAGACAUGACAAUGCCGGGCGAUAUCACUUUUGAUAGUGGCACUUCGUAUUCUAGACAAAACUUGACAGACUCUGUAAAUAACGGGACUAUAUCUGAGCUUCGCGUCGAUGAUAUGGCGACUCGAAUAUUAGCAGCAUGGUAUCUACUCGGGCAAGACCAAGACUUCCCGCCCACUAACUUCGACGCAUUUCUUCCCAAUUCUGGCUACAACCAGCAUGUCAACGUCCAAAAACCGGACCAUCAACAAAUCACAUACCUCGUCGCCGCCAGUUCGCAUGUCCUACUCAAGAACGUCAACAAAUCUCUCCCUCUAAAGAAACCAAGCACUAUAGCCCUGUUUGGUUCUGAUGCUGGUCCCCCUUUCAAUGGACCUAACGGUUAUCCAGAUCAAACCGGUGUAUCUGGCACGUUAGCGAUGGGAUGGCGCGGGCUCUGGAACAGCUCGUUUUCCGUACCUGAUAUCCCCCUCGAGGCUCUCCAAAAACGAGCCCGGAGAGAUGGCACAACGAUUUCUUGGCUCUUGGAUGACUGGGACCUCGGUACUGCUGGGAGUGUGGCACAAUACCAAGAUGUCGCGAUAGUGUUUCUAAAUUCAGAUUCUGGAGAAGGUGCACAUUUCUUGCGGGUUCCUACGACAGAACUUGUUGAAUCUAAACGCCUGGCUGCAGGCUAUGCCACCGUAGAUGGAAAUGAAGGAGAUAGGAAGAAUCUGACGGCAUGGCACGGAGGCGAUGAUCUUGUUCUUACGGUCGCUGGAAACAACUCGAAUACCAUAGUGGUCAUUCACAGCGUCGGGCCACUCAUUUUGGAACCGUGGAUCAAUCAUACCAAUGUCACGGGUGUCCUUUGGGCAGGCUUGCCAGGACAGGAAAGCGGUAAUGCGCUUAAGGCCAUUCUGUACGGAGAAUGGAACCCCUCUGGGAAGCUUCCGUAUACUAUUGCAAAGAACCCGGGUGACUACAGCGGAGGUAUCAUCACAGACUCAGAUCCUAACACAAUUAAGCAAGUGCCUUACAAUGAGAAACUUCUCAUUGACUAUCGUUGGUUCGACUCAAACAACAUUACACCUCGUUAUGAGUUUGGAUUUGGUCUGAGUUACACUACGUUCGAAUACUCUGAUUUGAGGAUAUUCGAGUCAAUCCAUGGCGACGAAGGCAAUCUGGAGAAGCAAUGGGCCGAAGGUAGUGUGCAUGUGAAGCAACAUGAAGUUGGUGGCUCGCUCGCUCCUUGGCUGCACCGACCAGCAUUCCGUGUCGCAUACAACAUUACUAACAUUGGUGAUCGGUAUGGUGCAGAGGUCUCCCAGCUCUAUCUUGAGUUUCCAGUAUCCUCUGAAUCGCCGCCAUCCGUACUCAGAGGAUUUGCUCGUUCCUUGCUGAACCCCGGUGAAUCCGAUAUUGUGACAAUUGAAAUAUCGCGAUAUGACCUAUCUGUCUGGAGCACGGUCCAACAAGGAUGGACUCGGCCCCAAGGCCUGAUUGGGUUGUUGGUUGGUGCUAGCAGCAGGGAUUUUAGAUUGAAGGGUAGCAUUCCCGGUUGAAUCCUCCCAUACGAGUUGGAGUGGUGUGACGGCGCAGCGCACACAAAUGGCUCGCAGGAUGUAGGCAAGGCCCAGCUCUCUAUUGGAGUUAUGAUGUGUGGUCUGGUGUGACGGUGGUGUGUGCAUUUCCGCUAGUCUCCGGAGGCACCAUGAACGCUUUCCAUGAUUAUAUCGAAAAAAUUGCUCAUUGACAAUCUGGUUCGUGAAUUUUUCUUGGGACCUUGGUUUGGAUCGCGGAUAUUCACGGGAACAGGGUCCCGAAAGCACCGCAUCCCGUCCGAUCUGCGAAGCAGGGCACAGCGCGGGAAUCCCGAGGGCUGUUUUUUUUUUGGGGGGGGG